UAGAGUGCAACCAGUCGACCAAUGGGCAAGGCAGCGAGUGGUCGUCCAAAAUCACCCCCCUGUGAUUAAUGUACGCGCUGAUUAUAGUUUAUGUGGACCGGAAUAAGGUGUCUGGAGGAAGAUUCUGUGUUUGUCGUGGUCAUCUCAUGGACAAUAAUUAACGUAAACAUCCCGAGAGCGGCCUUCAAGGACGUUACGUUAUGGUCUCUAUUCACUGGAGGUCAUUUACAGUUUCCGCAUUAUAAUUACUCGAAUGGAUUUCAAAACAGAAUCAUUUGCAAUUGAUUUGCAAGGGAAAAAUGCACUGUGAAUAAGGGUACUUGUAUGUUGACCAAGGGGAAAAUCGGACACGCCGGGCGUACGAAAUGACAGUGAAACCCAGCUUUACCACGUGUCACGUUACAUGUUUUAUACUAUGCGUCUUCCUAUUUGUUGGAUGCACCCACGGGCACAUGCAGGAGGAAUGGAAGAAGUAUGUGGACUCCCAGCUUCUUUACUUACGCUCAGAAAUUCUACAAUACGUGAAGGACCAUUCCUUCAUCUUAAAUACCCUAAGAGCUCUGAACUGGCAUUUGUUAACUCUGAGGAAGGAUAUUAAACAACUUGAUGCUGGAAGAAGAAUUCUGAAGGUACAAAUGGAAUACUCGUUGACCAACGUAACUAAACAUGUAGAUAGUAUUGAAGAAAAACUAAAAGAUUUGGAGGAAAUCAUAGCAAACCACCAACAAAAUACAGUGGGCCCUGACGUUGAUACUCUGGAAGGCUCAGAGACUGUUGAAAAACCGGUCCAAACAACAACGGCGAAACCGACAACAGCUAGGCCGACAACACAAAAACCGACAACGCAGAAACCGACAACACAGGAACCGACAACACCGGAACCGACAACACCUAAACCAACUACAGCUGAACCGACAACUCCCAAACCAGAGGGACCAAAGCUCCGUUUAGCCGGAAGCUCCACUGGUAACGGAGGGAGGGUGGAAGUAUACCACAAUGGCCAAUGGGGAACAGUAUGCGCGGACAACUUCGAACGCUUCGAAGCAACUGUCAUCUGCAAAAUGUUGGGGUUCUCCGGAGGCACUAUUCGCGUCUACAAGGAAUCGUUUGGCCCCGGAAGUGGUCCAAUAUGGCUGAGUAACUUAGGAUGCCGCGGGGACGAGUUGUCGCUGUUUGACUGUCGGUCGGGGGGAUGGGGAGUCCAUAACUGUGGUCACUAUGAGGACGCCGGGGUCCAGUGUAACUAACAUCAUGGUAUCCUUGGCUAAGCCCUAAGUCAAUCAGAAGGUCAAGGACAUUUAAAAAUAUGAUUACAUUUAAGAGAUGUUUAAAAGACCGAAAAUGAUUUGAUGAGUGCUGUAUAUUAUACCGUAUACGGAAUGCAUGUUGACUUCUUUUCAAAUGUCGGCGUUAUCAAUAAUUGUGUACUGUAAAUAGAAGGUAUUGCGUUAUUUUGUAAAAUAUCACUUUGAAUUCUUAUGUAGUAUUAGUCAUCACAUAUUAUAUAUGUAAUAGAAAAAACCACAGAGAAUGUAUCAUUUGUACCUCACAUAGAUUUAGAUAUGUGCCUUAUUUUAUUAAAUGGCAGUUGAAAAUAAAGAAAAUUCUUUUGA